CGCCAGACAGAUAAGGAGGGUCAGCAAGACGCAAAUUAAACUUGGAGCAGUUUAUUCAGUUAAAAGAAUUACUUAAACCAAAACACGCGAUGGCAGGACUUCGUGACGUGGUUUUUACAGGAAUCUUUUUGUUUUUCCUCACACAGAGAAUAUCAUCAAAUAGUAGUAAGUCUACGAGUGUUUAGUUACUUUAUGUAUUUCAUUUUCAUACCUUUGAAGACAAGAUAAACACAUGUUCCCGGUCGGGUCACCGAAUUAUUACAUGUUGUCGUUAUAUUCAAGACAAUUACCGAAGGCUGAUAUACAGAGUACCAUCUUCUGCCUUUUCGUUACGUUCGUUACGUUGUGGUGUCACUGCUGCAAGCAGCGAAGAGAGUAGAAAGCUUCUCAUAUGACAACACUGCGCAGCUUCACCGGCCGAGUCAUGAGGUGUUUCAACAAACAGUAUAAACAAAAGAAUGAGCAACAUAUCAUGAUCAUAUCUUGAGUUACUGAAAUACAUGCUGAGAAAUUUUCAUUACCCUGUAAUAUCACUAAAUGAGUUUUACAUCUCAAUAAUCUGUCGGCACCCCUUAGCUACGUUGCGCAAGUUCCGUCCGCUUCAGUCAGCGUUGAUGCCGACUGGGACGAUGGAAGUUUUUGAAAACUCAGAAGCCCCAGUUUAAAGUCUCACUGGUGUUGUUGUGCUUUUAUAGCUUGAAAUUCUUGUUAUUGAAUUCCACCAACAACAAUCGGAAUUCUUCGAAGCAGAUUUAGGGUAUUCGUUUAUCUUUUGUAAACCUAAGUUCAGUUGUCGUGACUGUAUCGAGCGUUUUAUUUACAAAUUAUGUUUGUCGGUCUAAUGCCUUGUUCAUCGUUAUUUACCGAUAAAUUGUUUUCUUUCACCCAAAUCUAUGACCGUUUGUUCUAUCGCUUGAUACGUUUGCUAACAAGAUUACGUGAACCUCGCUCAGAGGAAGAUAAUCCCACACAGACAUAAGCUGAAAUGUAAUACGUUCUUACUCUGAACAGCUUUCAUAAUCUCGUAUGCUUUAUAUCUCUUAACAGAUCUUCCCAAAGAAAUUAAUGUUUUCGAUGCAGUGGGUCUUGGCAGUAAGGUUUUCCCAGGAGUUUCGUCAACAGCUGGACAAAACAACAAGAGUCCGGCAUAUCACUUCACACAAAAAACUGAUCACAUGAUUGCAAGUCAAAACGCAUUUGAAGAGGUCGACAAACUCAUCCACAACAGCAGUGAUUUUAUUGUCUCUGCUUACGCUAAGCUCGGGGCCAAGGAGAUCUACAAAAACCCUAUCGUUUCCAUCAAUUCAAAGGACGGCAAUCAAUUAUACUUCUUAUUACAGAUCUCGUGAGUAUUGCGUUUAUCUUUAGUAAAGCUCUUUUCCUGUUUAUUAUAUGCGGGCGAAUUAACACUUCCGUUGCGAAAUGUAUCACUCAUUUUCACGCUAACAGAAAAGUCAAUAUUAGUUUUUGAACUGACGGUCCUCUCUGGGCCAGAGCUUAUUUUUGUUUAUGUAGCUCUUCAGCAGUAAAAUAGAGUCGUUAUACAUUCUUAAAGAAGACAGCCACGAAAUUGCUGACUGUCGACUAUUAUCACGCAGCGAACUUUAUUUUGAGUCCCUAAGGAAAACAAACCUUUGAUCUUGCGUGGCAUCCAAAGCUGGCGGUUUUUUCUGUUUUUUGACACUCGUUGAAAAAGAAGGUUGUGGAGACGCCGAAAUGAGCAACGGAAAUUAGAUUUCUACUCCAUACUCUUGUCGCGGUUUCGUCGCUCAUUUUGCGACUCUAUGGCUUUCAAAAUACCAGCCGGCAAGUUGGAUUUUGCCUCUACCUGGCAGCGAGAAUGAGUUAAUAUAUGCAUGAGUAUAGUACUCUGCAGUAUCUCCAUGAAUUCAAAAUAGCAGCCAGAGCCGUUAAAAACGAUUUUCCAUUUCCCAUAGUAUGAUUUUUUAAAUUCGUUUAACCCUUUACACCCUGAAAUACGUUUGUCCACUUUCUUCGCGGUUCACUUUACAUUUUCCAUGGUACUUACAAAGAGUUAGCGGGCGAUCAUAUCCUACAUUCUCACUACCGUAGCGUUUGAUUUAUAAAUGAUACUGUGAGGAGAAAUUAGACGCCAGUUACUCUUGAGGUUUGAAGUGUCAAUUGACCCAAAAGACAAUAAUUUUCACUGAACUCGAGCAGCAGUGAUUUCCACCGGUAAGAUCGCGCGCUUCUCUUCUUUGACGCGCGUGUAAGUCCCUUUCCCCGCGUGGCCCAUUGUCCACCCACCCAUCUCGCAAGCGAAGGAUAAGUCAUGUAAACACUUUUCCUGAUGCCUUUUUUUUUCUUUUAUUUUAUCAUGUGUUCAUUUAUUUAAUUAUUUUUUCACCGUGGCUCAGAGGGAAUGCACGAGGAUCAGGACUUGAAAUAGUUGUUACAGUGCAGACGAAGGGAGGAUCCCCCAAAAGAUUUGAAGCUUCGAGUAGCAGAUCCUUGGACUACACAACAUGGCACAAGAUAGCGGUUCGAAUCCAGGAAUCCGAAUCCCUGAUGAGAGUGUACGUGGAUGACAGCAUGAUCAACGUGUUUUCCUUUAGAUACACCCCUCAGCCAUACCCUAAAGAUGCACAGCUGCGUCUCGGACAGGUUUUCGAGGUGUACUUAGAAAACACUGGUGAAAUAACCUCACGAUUUAGGGUAAGCUGUUCUGCAAGCAGACCUUACAAGAUUCAAAUUCUUUUUAACUCGUGUUUCCACUGACGUCCAUUUAAGCUACAAAAAAGUGGGCAAAGGAUAGUCCAGGUGUAACAUGUAGAACCCGUCUGAAAAGAAAGGUGGUUUUUAGCCUUGAUAUUUUUCUAAGAGGGAUUUUUGGGUUCACCUGAAAAAAAUAACCAUGUGCAAAAGAAAGUUAUAUCCUAUUGCUCUGAGCUGUUUAUAUUUUUUCCAGUGUCUUGGUUUUUAAAAAUUCAGUUGUCGUAACAUUUUUUUUUUUUUUGUAGGGGGAUCUACAAGAUGUCAAAUUUAUCAGAGGGUCACCCCUUAGCGACUGCUCCAAGAUCGCAAAGGUAUGUGAUUGUCAAAAUUCAACCUCGGUGCAAUGACGACUUCAACGAAAUACUUUUGGGAAGAUUCAUUCAUCUCCCAUGAGCGACCAAGACAGAAUUUUACCUACGAUAUCGGCACAAAAUUAAGCAGACGAAAGAUGAAAAUAAAGAAAUAAAUAUCGAUUAGGGGAUUAUCAGUUGAUCCAAUAUCAAUUUCUCGGAACUGAAAUCCUAAGAACUCAAUGGCAGACAGAAAGGAGAGUUAUUCAUAAGAUCUUGGGAGUCAAAUGGUUAAAAAAGUUCUGAAAGUUAUUAUCUUAUCAGAUGUGAUUUAAAAUGUAAUUUAACUCUCAGAUGCGAACUCUAAUUUUAGCGUCAUAUGUACAUGGUACAGCUUAAUGCUGUUGACCUCCUGUUAGAAAAUACAGGCGAAAUGUCCCAAAGACGUCAUGUUGGUUUGCGAUGGACUAACAUCCAAUCUAGAGAGUUCGAAAUGUUUCUUGUAACAUGGCUUGCAUAUGAUAAUGUUCUGAUUAAUGAAAACACUGUUCUAAUUUUUUCUUCUCAGUGUCAGUGCACUGAUGUCGUUGGAAAAAAGGACUGUGUAGUUGAUGGAUUGAAAUACGCGGACGGAAACCGCUGGACAAGGGAUAAGUGUAACAUUUGUCACUGCGAGGUGAGCAUGCGCACUAAAACCGGUAGGAGCCGAGAGAUUACAUGAGGAAAUUCGUAUUUCAUAUUAAAUUCUACGUCACGAAAAAAAUGUGGCUACAGCUUUUGAUAAAGUAACGUUUUGGACUUUAAAAUAAGCCAGGGUUUGUGGUGUUGAAUUUGUACCCACGAAUAAAAGAACUGAUUUUAGGAAUAUUUAAGUUGGUAUUCAGAAUAGAGCAAAACUCACAAAAGAGUUGUUUGUGGCUCAUCCGGUAGGUCUUUGAUACAACCGCGAAAUUUGAUGGUUCCUUGUCAGUUGGAAUUCUCAUGGGAGACUUGAUUGUUUUAUCUGCCAUGAGCUCGUAAAAAAAAUUAAUAACUAAAAAUAAUUAAGAUCUGAAAUUAGUGAUAAUCAUGGAUUAGUAAACUGCUUUCGAUCUCGAGUAAAAUAAUAUUUUUGUUUGUUGUACUGACUUCCCAGAAAUAUUAGGGAAAGUUGACUUGCGAGAUGCUUUUUAGGCAGGCAGAAGAUAAGGUUUAAUAAUUUAAAACCUUGGUCGAAUAAAAUGGCAUCGGCAAAACGAGUAGAAGGACAAAAUUGCGCCAACAGUUAUUCUGUGUUCAACAAUACUUCACUAUGAGCAAAUCAACCCGCGGGACUUCACUUAGCCAGCAGGACUUAAAACUCUCGCAUGAAAUUGAGGCGAGUGGUUAGACAAUCCAAGAUGGCGCCCAAACCUGAAAUAGCACAGCAUCCAGAAAGACGCGACACGAGUACUAUGCGUUCUCCUCGCGUCGACCACGAUUAUGCUUACAAAUCUGUUCGUAGUUGCUUGAACCGUCGUUUUGUCAUUCAUUGCGUUGAUUUUUUACCUCUCUUUUAUCCAGUGGGGCCAGGUGAUCUGCACAUACACAUGCCAAGUCUGCAAGGAUAACGAUCAGACUUACAUGGAGGGCGAAACAUGGAAAUCAAGUAACGACAGUUGUCAGACCUGCAAAUGUGAGGUAAGCAGAACUUCUCUUCUGUGAGAAAGGACGGGAAAAGAAAGGCCAUUAGUGUAAUGGAAAAUGCAUCAUCUACUUAAUGAUGUGGUCUUUCUACAGGGUGGUAAGGUCACAUGUUCACCGCCAGUCUGCCCGAAGCCUGACUGCAGUGGAAAGUCAGGGGACGUUGUGACUCUCAAGGGACAGUGCUGUCCAAUUUGUAAAGGUGAGUUUUCAUUAAAGAUUCAAGUAUCACAUCACAAAAAUUCAACUUAAGUACACUCAUCGAGCCAAUCUGCGUCUUAUCGUCUUUCCCAAAAGUUGUGAAGCCGAAGACAACAUCUCGUAUAUCAUAUUUCAAGGCAAACUUAAUAACGUCGAUCGAGCUUUGCAUUAGAUGGUGUAACGGUUCCUUCUUGGAGGAGUAGAUCUAAAUAAGACAAGAAUAUAGAUGGGCUUCACCUAACCGCUUGCUCAAUUCGUUGAAAUCUGAUCCUUAACUUUAAUCCAUAAUAAACGCUUUGUUCUACUUUUCUUAUCAUUUUCAUUUCCUCAGAGGAUCAGUGUCGCGGUACUGGAAAAGUUUUUAAGUGUGGUUGUGACGCCACCUGCUCAAAUUAUGAUGGCCUCAAAUGCCAAUCAUGUACUGAGGGUUGUUUCUGCCCUGAAGGGAGAGUACUGAAUGGACAGGGAAAAUGUAUGGCAACUGCUCGCUGUGGUUGUUUGCACGAAGGAAAGAGAUACAAGGUAGGGAGGUUAUGUUAAAUAAGAGGAGUUCACUCCUGUCGAGAUCCUGGCAUGUACAACUCGCACGGUGCUCACCAAAAAUUUCAAACUCCAUGAGUCGGCUAUUAAAGAGAUCCAAUUUGGGUUGUGGUUUUGACGAUCAAUGAACCUCAACAGUUCUUCGUUUGAGAGUUUUCUAUAACAUAAACACAUCAAGGGUAAUUGACGUGUUAAGCAUCCUAUUUUAAUAUUUUGGUUCACUCAUGUGUGACAAUCGUUCGACUGCAAAUGGAGAGUAUUGGUUUUAGAGCGCGCUGUAUGUAGCCAAUCAGAGCGUAGGAAAACAUCUUAAACAAAUCUAACAUGUUCCCUGAUUGCAUUUCACACCCGACCGAAAAUUGCUCCAUGAGUCAACUAUCACUGCUCACUGUGACUUUGUUCCAAGGAAGAAAAAGUUAAGCUGAGGAAAUGCAAAUUAUGAGCUGUCUUCUCUAUGAGCCUUUUCAUAUCAUAGAUGGCAUGAUUACAACUUCUUCAUCUUGUUCUUGUCAUUAUUGGUAUUAGUAUUAUUACUUUUUUUUUACUAAAACAUUCUUUUUUAUCUAUUGCCAACAGACAUUGGAGCAGUAUUCCGAUAGUUGCCAAUUCUGUUUAUGCCUCGGUGGGAAAAUGCAUUGUGACAAACGGUGUUAAGUCAUCAUUUGACCAAGGGACCCUUUUCUGAAAAGUCCUUGAUAAAUGUAGUAAGCCUGAUCUUCAUGAAUAUAUUGAUAUGUUAAGACUUAAUC